AUGAGCACUUUGUCGAAAGUCGGCAGGACGCUUGAAUAUGGGUUCUACGGUGCAGUUGGAAUCUAUACAUUCAAAGUUAUUGUUGCUCUGAUUUUUGGAUACAUCUUGUAUACUCCGGAAUACGCGGGUCCGGCAUAUUUUCGCUGGAGAAAGGACUAUUGUGAUCCGGAUGCAUCGAGAGCUAUGUAUGCGUACAUUGACCCAAACACAGAAGAUAAGACUGAGCUUUUCAGCUUCUUCUCUUCGGCAGUUCAACCAAUCUACAAUCCUAAACUGUAUAGUGGAGAGUUGAAAGAGUUAGAAUAUAUUAUAAAAAAUUACGAGAAUUCAUGGUGGAACAAAAAUACAUUCGAGUGGGCCAAGACAAGACUGGAGCAGCUCAAGGAGGAAAUCAAGCCGCAAACGCUAGUUACUGAGGAGAAUACUACUCCUUUGUACUUUGUUGGAAGCUUCACUGAUACUUUUGUUAUUAAGCCAAGGAAAACAUUUAAAAUAUUUGCUAUUAAUAAUAAUGGAGAGCCAUACAACAAAAAUGCUUUGGAUGCAGAAAUCAAUUUCUUGUCAUUUAGAUACGUGUAUCUUCGCUACAUCUCAGACCUGAGGGCUAAGGAGGAAAGAAAUGCUCAGGGUAAGAUGGUACUACAAGCUCCUAAGAACUAUGUUGCCAUCACCAAGGAGCAGGUGAGAAAAUUCUUCAAAAAUAACCAAGAGGUUGUUACUACAGGAGUUGAGAAUGGUAAGCCAUGUAUUUCCCAUAUUAACGGUAAGAAGUUGGAGAAGCCAAUUAUUCUAUCGGAGAAGCAGUUUGCAGGAUACAAGAAAUAUGUGGAUGUUUACGAAUCCUUCAUGAAGCUUGUGGCUUACUUGGAAGAUGAAAGUAAAGAGCCUAUCGUUAGUUUCGUGGACGAUAAGGUUCAAUGUAGUGUUGAAUUCUACAGUAUUGUUGAAGAGAUCAUCAAGCAGUUGGAACUUGAGUCCUUAUUCAUCAAGGAGGGAAAUAUGCCCACCCCUGAGGAGCUAAGAACCCAGUUCAACUUGUUUUUGAAUAGGCUUGCGUUAUUGAAGCCGCAUGCCUUCGAUGUUCAUAUUCUCAACAGGCUCUACUAUUAUUAUUUGUUUGCUGUGUCUUACUUUGAACCAUCUAGUAAUCCCCAGAAUGGAGAUAGUAAGUACAAUGAACUGAAGACCAAGAUUAAUGGAAUAGUAGAGGAUAUUGAAGAAGAGAUCAAGAAAUCAACUAAUGUCAGGGAUCUUGUUGUUAAGAGGGAUGUCUAUAAGGAGAAAUUAACGAAGAGAAGAGUAGAGCUUAUCUUCAAUUAUUUCUCGUUGCUUAUUGCCAGCAAGCUUGGAAAUAAAGGAUUUGUUCUUAAGAGUGAGGACGAAAACAGGAACAUAAUUGCAAGGCUUCUUGGAUGCUACCCAGGAGUAUAUGGGGAGGGCGAUGCAGAAAGGCUUCAUGUCCAUUUCGAAGAAUACCAAGGCACUGAGUAA